UAAGAGGAGAAGCAGAUUUAAGGCAAGAAAGUACAGAACUCUUUUCUUCCUGACUUUGGCAAAUGAGAGUUGCUGCCUUCAGAAUGAAAUUCAGAUUACAGGAGUUAUGCAAAAGGUGAACCUGCAGAAAUGAAAAUUGACAUUCAUUGUCACAUUCUGCCUAAGGAGUGGCCUAAUCUAAAACAGAGAUAUGGAUAUGGAGGAUGGAUCCAGUUGGAGCACGACCAUAAGGGGGAGGCCAAAAUGAUGAAAGAUGGAAAAGUUUUCAGAGUCAUCCAAGAGAACUGUUGGGAUCCAGAGGUUCGGAUUAAACAGAUGGACCAGUCAGGAGUUACUGUCCAGGUGCUUUCUACAGUUCCUGUCAUGUUUAGCUAUUGGGCUAAACCACAGGAUACUCUAGACCUGUGUCAAUUAUUAAACAAUGACUUAGCUGCUACAGUAAAGAGGCACCCAAAAAGAUUUAUUGGACUUGGCACUCUCCCCAUGCAAGCUCCAGAUCUGGCUGUAAAGGAACUGCACCGCUGUGUGAAGGAGCUUGGAUUUCCUGGUGUGCAGAUAGGAUCCCAUAUCAACAACUGGGAAUUGAAUGCCCCAGAACUCAUGCCAGUUUAUGCUGCUGCUGAACAAUUAAACUGCUGUCUCUUUGUGCAUCCCUGGGACAUGCAGACAGAUGGAAGGAUGUCUAAAUACUGGCUUCCCUGGCUUGUAGGCAUGCCCACUGAAACAACCAUUGCUAUUUGCUCCAUGAUUAUGGGAGGAACUUUUGAGCGUUUCCCUAAGCUGAGAGUUUGUUUUGCCCAUGGAGGUGGUUCCUUUCCUUACACAGUAGGACGUAUUUCCCAUGGAUUCAGUGUGAGACCUGACUUGUGUGCAAUCCAUAACAACAUUGAUCCAAAGAAAUACCUUGGUUCAUUCUACACAGAUUCACUUGUCCAUGAUGCACAUGCACUGAGGUUGCUGAUAAACACGAUAGGAAAGGAGAAAGUGAUGUUGGGAACAGAUUAUCCAUUUCCACUUGGGGAACAUGAGCCUGGAAAACUGAUUGAAUCCAUGGAAGACUUUGAUGAGGAAUUAAAGGAGAAGCUCAAGUUUGGCAAUGCUCUUUCAUUUUUGGAUAUUGACAGAAAACAAUUUGAGUAAUAACAGAACUAUUGUACUUAUAUAUGAACAUUUUUAGGUUCUGGAGGACAACCAUAAAACUAUAUAUUUAUAUUUAUGCACUCUCAUGCCAAUUUCAAAUAAUAUACAUAUGCUGAAAACCUGAAUCCACCUUUAUAAAAGCCAAAUGCAUUAAGAACUUUUAGAAAAGGUAUAUAGUUGUAAGAAAUUUUCCUGUUAUAUAUGGAAUGGACCAUUUUAGCAUGUUAUCAAUGAAUGAUUAUCACUUAAACUUAAAAGAAAUUGUCUCUCUUCCUCUUAAGUAUUGCACUGUUACAGAAAGAUCCGAAUAAAUCAAAAUAGAACAAUCUGUUUAUAUAAAGGUAGGGAAAUUGGUGGGUGCAAGGAUAAGGUUAUGUAGUCCUAUUUGAAUUUUGGAAUUUUAAUUACUACUAUAAUUUUAUUGCUUAUCUCCUUGAGCCUAGGAAUUCAAUAGAAAGAUAACAUAUUCUAUGUAUCUAUAAUCAUGCACACCUUAGAAAAGAAUAAAUGGCAACUUGCUACAAUA